AUGGAUCAAGAUCAAUAGUAAAGAAUAGAAUAAUUGUAACAGAACUAUUUCUUCCGUCUCAAAUAAAGAAUACAUCAUAUGGUAGAUCACAAAACAAAUUAAAAAAUCGCUACUUUAUUGUACACCAUAAUAUUUGAUGAUUCUUAUUAUGAGAUUGCAAGAGUGUAUAAUUAUUGUGAAUAAGAGUUGAAUAACCUAGUUGCUGAGAAAAUAUUAAUUGCUUUAAGUGAAAUCGAACUAAAUAAUACUUAAUAACUAAUAUAAGUCAUUCCUUGGUUUAUACUUUUUGUGAUUGGCUAAAAUUUGGAUAUUAAUAAUUGUAUAAAUCUAUUCAAUUAGAGUGAAUGGGGAAUGUUUUUAGCGGUUGUGGCUUAGAAGUGUAAAUACGAUCCUUCAGCCUAGGAAAAUUUUGUAACGUUUUAGAUGAGCUUAAAAAAUAAAUUCAAGGAGAUCCAAUUUACUACUUUGGAGGAAACAGUUAACUUGAUCGUUAGUACUCAUAAAUUGCUCGAAUUAUUAAAUUAAAUGUUCUAUUAUGAUUAUUAUCCAUUUGCCAUUAGUUAGCCCAAAACAUAGGAUAAAUAUUUUGAUCUCAAACUCCAAAAAAGAUAAUAGAUCAUUACUAAUUCUUAUUAUUUUUUAGAGUAGAGGGAUGGAGGAAAGAUUCCACCCUCAUUAGAGAAUUCAAAAAUGAAAGUGGCUAUUUCCUUUAUAGAAAAGAACUAUAAUUAUGGUUAUUUAACUGAUAGAUUCCAUAAUGAGAAAGCAUGCAUUGUUAUUUUCAGUUUGAUUCGAUUGGAUCAUAUGCAAUUUCAAAAUUUCUUUUAUUCCAAGAGACCUUCUGUGUAAGAGUUACUGUUGAAUCAAAUUAUGGAUCUAUCAGAUAUUUAGGAUAAUCUUUUUUUGAGAUUACUCUUGGUUGGAAAAUGCUUAUCAAAUUUAAGACUCUGGGAAUAAGCUCUCAAAUUUUAUAUAAAAUUACAAAAUAUUGCAAAUAAUCAUUAAGGCAGAGAAAAAGAAUAUAGCAUCUACAUCUCUUUUAAGAUUUGUAAAAUCUAAUUUUUGAAAGGAGAAAUUGAUGGACUAUAGGAGAAACUCAAAAACUUAAACAUCUAAAUAUAGCAACGCUAAAAUAACUUUUAUUACCCGAAGAAUAGGUCAAUCUACCAUUAAUGUCUAUUUCUGUAAUUGUUGAUGAGCGUCUAUACAAAUUCGACUAAGUUGAGAAAAUAUAUCAAGAGUCAAAUUGAUCCAAUCAUCCUUUAACGUGAUAGUAUAACCUAAAAAAGAAUUUUCAAUGUGCUGUAAUACUCAUUCUGGAAACUUGCUGAUAAACAGGAAAUCAUAUUUAAGGAAAAUUAAGGGAAGAAACAAUUAGUAUUUAUACUGAAUUAGACUGAAUCAAUUUGUUAGGAGAGGCAAGGCAUCAUACGACAGAGAUCCAAUUUUUUAUCUAACAUUACUUCCUUUUUUAAUUCUCCUAAAGGAAGGAACUAAUAAUUUACAAAAAUUAAAAGUUACUAUAGAGCUGUACAGGAAAUUCUUAUAAUAAAUGCUUUAGUUCGCCAUGAAGAUAUUUGCGUGUUACAAUAUUUUAACCCCAAUCUAUAUCCGCUACUGAGAGUUUUACUUGCUUAAAACGGUUUCUUUGAUUUGAAAUUGAAACCAUUUCUCUACAUUUUUAUGCAUGAUUUUGAGGAAGCCUUUAACUUGGCAUUGUAAACAAAGAACCACGAAAUAAUUGGAUAGAUUUUAGAGUAUUAAGGUAAAUUUGAAGAAGCCAUCGGAGUCUAUUAACAAUUAAGCAGUUUGAACAACAAUUUUAAUUGUGCAAUCCUAUUAAAGUUCCAAGAGGACUAAAUGAUUGAAAAUCCAGGUGUAAAGCUGGGUAAUCUUAAAAAAAAAGGCCUUCAUGCAUAAUCUAUAAAUUAUUUUAAAGAAUUAGCUUAAUAAAAUUAGGGUCAGUAUUAUAAUAUUGCUUAAAAGUACCUCCAAACCUUAUAACCUACACCUUCAGAGCUGACUAAAUAAACUGAUCCUCUUUCCUAAUAAUUUGAUAGGUUAUCAAGACAAUCCUCGAAUUUAAUGGAAUCAGGUUAAUUUCCUGAUUUUACAAAGGAGGAUGAAUAUUUUAAAUCAAAAUUGAAAUUGGAUUUUCCAAUUAGAUAAGACAUUAAAUUGUUUUAUAGUGUCCUGAAAAGGAAAUUAAGUUUGGAAUAGGAUUCACAAUUAAUAUAGCUAUUAGAUGAAUUCGUAAAAAAAACUCUUUUUCUUAAAUAUGAAAUUUAAGAAUUAAUUAAUAAUGAUUUAGAACUAUAGUAGAUUGGUUAAGGAGGGAAUGGUUAAAUCUANAUUAAGGCAGAGAAAAAGAAUAUAGCAUCUACAUCUCUUUUAAGAUUUGUAAAAUCUAAUUUUUGAAAGGAGAAAUUGAUGGACUAUAGGAGAAACUCAAAAACUUAAACAUCUAAAUAUAGCAACGCUAAAAUAACUUUUAUUACCCGAAGAAUAGGUCAAUCUACCAUUAAUGUCUAUUUCUGUAAUUGUUGAUGAGCGUCUAUACAAAUUCGACUAAGUUGAGAAAAUAUAUCAAGAGUCAAAUUGAUCCAAUCAUCCUUUAACGUGAUAGUAUAACCUAAAAAAGAAUUUUCAAUGUGCUGUAAUACUCAUUCUGGAAACUUGCUGAUAAACAGGAAAUCAUAUUUAAGGAAAAUUAAGGGAAGAAACAAUUAGUAUUUAUACUGAAUUAGACUGAAUCAAUUUGUUAGGAGAGGCAAGGCAUCAUACGACAGAGAUCCAAUUUUUUAUCUAACAUUACUUCCUUUUUUAAUUCUCCUAAAGGAAGGAACUAAUAAUUUACAAAAAUUAAAAGUUACUAUAGAGCUGUACAGGAAAUUCUUAUAAUAAAUGCUUUAGUUCGCCAUGAAGAUAUUUGCGUGUUACAAUAUUUUAACCCCAAUCUAUAUCCGCUACUGAGAGUUUUACUUGCUUAAAACGGUUUCUUUGAUUUGAAAUUGAAACCAUUUCUCUACAUUUUUAUGCAUGAUUUUGAGGAAGCCUUUAACUUGGCAUUGUAAACAAAGAACCACGAAAUAAUUGGAUAGAUUUUAGAGUAUUAAGGUAAAUUUGAAGAAGCCAUCGGAGUCUAUUAACAAUUAAGCAGUUUGAACAACAAUUUUAAUUGUGCAAUCCUAUUAAAGUUCCAAGAGGACUAAAUGAUUGAAAAUCCAGGUGUAAAGCUGGGUAAUCUUAAAAAAAAAGGCCUUCAUGCAUAAUCUAUAAAUUAUUUUAAAGAAUUAGCUUAAUAAAAUUAGGGUCAGUAUUAUAAUAUUGCUUAAAAGUACCUCCAAACCUUAUAACCUACACCUUCAGAGCUGACUAAAUAAACUGAUCCUCUUUCCUAAUAAUUUGAUAGGUUAUCAAGACAAUCCUCGAAUUUAAUGGAAUCAGGUUAAUUUCCUGAUUUUACAAAGGAGGAUGAAUAUUUUAAAUCAAAAUUGAAAUUGGAUUUUCCAAUUAGAUAAGACAUUAAAUUGUUUUAUAGUGUCCUGAAAAGGAAAUUAAGUUUGGAAUAGGAUUCACAAUUAAUAUAGCUAUUAGAUGAAUUCGUAAAAAAAACUCUUUUUCUUAAAUAUGAAAUUUAAGAAUUAAUUAAUAAUGAUUUAGAACUAUAGUAGAUUGGUUAAGGAGGGAAUGGUUAAAUCUACAAAUUGAAUUUUUAGGGUUAACCUCAUGCUGCAAAAGUGAUCUCGUUUAAUUAUAAAGAUAUAGGAGACACCAUGCUUGAUGAUGAGAAAUCUAGACUCGAAAAUAUUCUUCAAGAAAUCUGCAUCCUUUGCGAUAACACUGUUUCUAAGAAUAAAUAUUGUCUAUAAAUUGAACAAUUAGGAUUUGAAUUUGAAGAAUUGUAUUGGUAGUCGAAAUUGAUUAAAAUUGUUCUAGUCACAAAAAUUUAUAAUAAUAACUAGGUGGUUAAAGAUUGGGAUGAAAAAGACAAGAUAAAAUUCAUUUAUAAACUAUCCUUAGGAUUUGCAGCAUUAUAAUUUGAAAGAAGAUUACUGCAUUUAGAUCUGAAACCUGAAAAUGUUUUAGUUGAUUCUAAGAAUAAUCCUGUUAUUAUUGACUUUGGAAUGUCCAAGUAUUCUUUUGAGUCUCAGCAUCUAGGGGAUAGAUCAAAUUAAAUGACCAUUUCAUAUAGAGAUCCUGAAUUAAUAAACAGCAAUUAUUAGAGUCGAAAGAAUGAUGUGUACUCUUUUGGAGUGUCAUUAUUCUAUUAUUUUACGGGUUGCAUUCCUUAUUCCGGAUUUCAUCACUAUCAAAUCAUAGGGAAUAAUGAAUAGUUUUAUCCUCAACAUCGCAAUUCAAUACAAAAUAUUAAAAAUUAAAUCAUACAAGAAUUGAUUAUAAAUUGCACAUUACCUAUAGCCUAAAGGAUUUCUUUUGUAUUGGUUCUAAAGAGGCUAUUUCUAUAUUAGUAUUAACAAUUAAUAAAAAAUCCGAAAGUAACAAAAUUAAUCGAAUGGCUUUUCGAUCAAAUUGAAUAUAAUAAAGAUAAUGAAUAAAUGAAAGCAAUUUAUACAUUUGUAAAAGUAAUGAAGCAGUUCAUUAAAUAUACAAAUACUUUCUAACCAUAGAUAUUAGAAAAAACUCGUUAGUGCUAUGAAAUAAUAUCGAAUAAGGCUUCAAGUUAGAGUUUUAUAGAAAUCAUAUAAAGAAUGAAAUAAUUCAUAAAUUGGGCAAUAUUGAACGAUCAAGAUUAUGUACUGAAACUUGUAGAUUUCGAAUUAAAUUGGGUGUAAUCUAAUUAAAAUGAAUUGCAUGUUAGUUUUAAUUUUUGGGUUGAAAAUGCAUAAUAGAUAUAAUCAACUGAUAGGAUCUUAUGGAAUCCUUUUUACUUAAAUAUCGCUUAAAUUCUACAAUAAAUCCAUGCACAUUCGAUAUGUCUAUAACAAAUGCCAUUAGAAUUCAUAUACUUAAAAGAUGGCAAAGUAAAAUUGAAUUGCUUUGAAUAUUCACUAAACUCUAAGCUUGAGUAUCCUUAGCUUGAUUCUGAUUUUUAGCAAUCAGAUAUGUUUAUCUCUAAAAAGGACGUCGACGUCUUAUGCGAAUUAAUUGGGUAAACCAGGAAAUUCAUGAAAUUUAAGCUAGAUUAGGACAAGCAAGAUAGGGUUACUUAAUUUUUGUAAUUUUUGAAUCAAAGUGAAGUAAUAUCUUUAGAAGAAAUUAUUGGUAAAUUAUAAAAUUGA